GGGACCCGGUAGUCUUCCCUCCCCUAGGGAAGUUGAUGGAGUUUUCUCGGCGGAAGACUUGGCGCAGAAACUUCCUCAGUCCCCCUCCAUGCAGGCGACGCCAAGUGAGGCUGAGGCCGGGGACGAAUCACCGCAGAGCUGUGUGUCGACGGCGCACGCUGAGUGGACAGUGGGGAAGCCUGUCAGCUUGUUAGCCCCGCUGAUCCCGCCCUGUAUCUCAGGGCAGCCUUUAACCUUUAGCCCCAGCGGGCGCCAGCCACUCAGAUCGCUUCUUGUUGGUAUGUGUAGCGGCAGUGGCCGCCGGCGGAGCAGUCUGAGCCCGACGAUGAGGCCGGGGACGGGAGCCGAACGUGGAGGCCUCAUGGUGAGUGAAAUGGAGAGCCAACCUCCCUCGCGGGGUCCCGGGGACGGGGAGCGGAGAUUGUCCGGCUCAAGCCUCUGCUCCAGCUCUUGGGUCUCUGCUGACGGCUUCCUGAGGAGACGGCCCUCGAUGGGGCACCCUGGCAUGCAUUAUGCACCAAUGGGAAUGCACCCUAUGGGUCAGAGAGCAAAUAUGCCUCCUGUACCUCAUGGAAUGAUGCCACAAAUGAUGCCCCCUAUGGGAGGGCCACCAAUGGGACAAAUGCCUGGAAUGAUGUCUUCAGUAAUGCCUGGAAUGAUGAUGUCUCAUAUGUCUCAGGCUUCCAUGCAACCUGCCUUACCGCCAGGAGUAAAUAGUAUGGAUGUAGCAGCAGGUGCAGCAUCUGGUGCAAAGUCAAUGUGGACUGAACAUAAAUCACCUGAUGGAAGGACUUAUUACUAUAAUACUGAAACAAAACAGUCCACCUGGGAGAAACCAGAUGAUCUUAAAACACCUGCUGAGCAACUGUUAUCUAAAUGUCCUUGGAAGGAAUAUAAAUCUGACUCUGGAAAGCCUUAUUAUUACAAUUCUCAAACAAAAGAAUCCCGCUGGGCCAAACCUAAAGAACUUGAGGAUCUUGAAGGAUACCAGAAUACCAUUGUUGCUGGAGGUCUUAUUACAAAAUCAAACCUGCAUGCCAUGAUCAAAGCUGAAGAAAGCAGCAAACAAGAAGAUUGCAGCACAUCAACAGCCCCAGUUCCUACAACAGAAAUUCCUACCACUAUGACCACCAUGGCUGCUGCAGAAGCAGCAGCUGCUGUUGUUGCAGCUGCAGCUGCUGCUGCUGCAGCAGCUGCAGCAGCCAAUGCCAAUGCUUCUACUUCUACUAAUACUGUCGGAACUGUUCCAGUUGUUUCUGAGCCUGAAGUUACUUCCAUUGUUGCUACCGUUGUAGAUAAUGAAAAUACAGUAACUAUAUCAACUGAAGAACAAGCACAACUUACUAAUACCACUGCUAUUCAGGAUCUAAGUGUUGAAGUAUCUAGUAAUGCAGAAGAAACAUCAAAGCAGGAAACUGUAGCCGAUUUUACUCCCAAAAAAGAAGAGGAAGAGAACCAACCAACAAAAAAAACAUACACUUGGAAUACAAAGGAAGAGGCAAAGCAGGCAUUCAAAGAAUUAUUGAAAGAAAAGCGGGUACCAUCCAAUGCUUCAUGGGAGCAAGCUAUGAAAAUGAUCAUUAACGAUCCACGAUACAGUGCUUUAGCAAAGUUGAGUGAGAAAAAGCAGGCCUUUAAUGCCUAUAAAGUCCAGACAGAGAAAGAAGAAAAAGAAGAAGCAAGAUCAAAAUACAAAGAAGCUAAGGAAUCCUUUCAGCGUUUUCUUGAAAAUCAUGAGAAAAUGACUUCUACAACCAGAUAUAAAAAAGCAGAGCAAAUGUUUGGAGAGUUGGAAGUCUGGAAUGCAAUAUCAGAACGUGAUCGUCUUGAAAUCUAUGAAGAUGUUUUAUUCUUUCUGUCAAAAAAAGAAAAGGAGCAAGCAAAGCAGUUGCGAAAGAGAAAUUGGGAAGCCUUAAAAAAUAUACUUGAUAAUAUGGCUAACGUAACAUACUCUACCACUUGGUCUGAGGCCCAGCAGUAUCUGAUGGAUAAUCCAACUUUUGCAGAAGAUGAAGAGUUACAGAACAUGGAUAAAGAAGAUGCAUUAAUUUGCUUUGAAGAGCAUAUUCGGGCCUUAGAAAAGGAGGAGGAAGAAGAAAAACAGAAGAGUUUGCUGAGAGAAAGGAGACGGCAGCGUAAAAAUAGAGAGUCUUUUCAGAUAUUUUUAGAUGAACUGCAUGAACAUGGACAACUACAUUCUAUGUCAUCUUGGAUGGAAUUGUAUCCAACCAUUAGUUCUGACAUUAGAUUCACUAAUAUGCUUGGUCAGCCUGUUUUUUCAUUAGGAUCAACUGCACUUGAUCUUUUCAAGUUUUAUGUUGAGGAUCUUAAAGCACGUUAUCAUGAUGAAAAAAAGAUAAUAAAGGACAUUCUAAAGGAUAAAGGAUUUGUAGUUGAAGUAAAUACUACAUUCGAAGAUUUUGUGGCAAUAAUUAGUUCAACUAAAAGAUCAACUACCUUGGAUGCUGGAAAUAUCAAGUUGGCUUUCAAUAGUUUACUGGAAAAGGCAGAAGCCCGUGAACGUGAAAGAGAAAAAGAGGAGGCUCGGAAAAUGAAACGAAAAGAAUCUGCGUUUAAGAGCAUGUUGAAACAAGCUGCCCCCCCCAUAGAGUUGGAUGCCGUCUGGGAAGAUAUCCGGGAGAGAUUUGUAAAAGAACCAGCAUUUGAGGACAUAACUCUAGAGUCUGAAAGAAAAAGAAUAUUUAAAGAUUUUAUGCAUGUCCUUGAGCAUGAGUGUCAGCAUCAUCAUUCAAAGAAUAAGAAACAUUCUAAGAAAUCUAAGAAACAUCAUAGAAAACGUUCCCGCUCUCGAUCGGGAUCAGAUUCAGAUGAUGAUGACAGCCAUUCAAAGAAAAAAAGACAGCGAUCAGAGUCCCGUUCUGCUUCAGAACAUUCUUCUAGUGCUGAAUCUGAGAGAAGUUAUAAAAAAUCAAAAAAGCAUAAGAAGAAAAGCAAGAAGAGGAGGCAUAAAUCUGACUCUCCUGAAUCAGAUGCUGAGCGAGAAAAGGAUAAAAAAGAAAAAGAUCGGGAAAAUGAAAAGGACAGAAGUAGACAGAGAUCAGAAUCAAAACACAAAUCACCUAAGAAGAAGACUGGGAAGGAUUCCGGUAAUUGGGAUACUUCUGGCAGUGAACUGAGUGAAGGGGAAUUAGAAAAGCGGAGAAGAACCCUUUUGGAACAACUGGACGAUGAUCAAUAAAUUAUACCAAAUACAUGUUUACAGUAUGAUUUAAAAUCUAAUUCAGAACAGGGACUCUAUUUUAAGUUCAUUUUAAGUAACACUGGGUUUUAAUUGUAUCAGAAGAAAAAAGUACAUUUAAGUAUUGUUAUUGUGGACUUUAUAAAAGCAAAGGAAGUUAAAAAUAACUUUUGAUUCUGUAUCAAGAAUCAUAUUUUCCUACAGUCAUAACUGUCUGUGACCCUUUCAUAGGGCACUGCAGGAUGGAUUAAAGGUGGCAAUUUACUGAUAACUGCAGAUGUCUCUACUUUGUUCUGAAAUCUAAGUCAUGAGGUGAUUUACUUUGUAGAAGUUGGAUUUUAAAGAUAUAAUAAAAAAUUUUUGAUAAUACAGUAGUACAAAAAAAGCACCAGCAUCCAAUAAAACUGCUUUUUUGUGCACUACCCAACUGGUUAAAGCCAAUGUGAUCAUUUAUGGUGAGCUCCUGAAAAGUAGGUGUUUUUGAUGGAAAUUUGGUGUAGACCUUUAACUGUAGUAGUGCUAAUAUGCACUAUUAUAAUAAAGCCACCAUUAUUUUUUAUGAAACAUCUGAAUACAUUUUAAAAAGUCUAUUAGGAGGGCAUUAUUUUGAGCAUCUAUUUUGAGGUGAUGUUUAAAAAAGUUAACAUCAAAUCAAAUUGUAAAUUAGUUUAAAUCUGUUGCCUUAAGGACCUACUAAAGAAUGUGCCACCACAUUUUAAAGUGAUAGUUGCAAUAUACUCAGAAUCCUUGUCUAAAAAAAGAAAAAUCAAUGUGGGCUUAAACAUUUUCUUUAACAGCUGUCUUUUUUUUUAAUCCAAUUUUUCUCUUGCUUUUUUUCAUUGAGGAGGUCUUUUACCUUCCCUUCUCACUGAAGUAUUCACUCCGUGGUACACAUUCUAAAGCAUUUCUGAUUUGAAUAUUUUUGUACAUUUUUAUCAAUUAUUAAACCUUCUCUUCUAGUGUGUACUAGUAUUUAUUUCUACUUAACACUGCUCAGCUCUAAAUUGUAUCAUUUCAAAGAUACUACAUUCCUGAAAUUUUGUUUAAUCUUACCCAGAAGUUUAUUUUCCCUUUUUAAUAUCUGAAAAUAUUAUAAAUCAGUGAAUUUGAGGUCCCUAGUUUUGUUUUUCGCCUAUAAAUUUCCUGGAAUAUUUUAGAGAGGCAGUGGUUUGAAGAUACUCUUUACAUACUAACUUUUGAAGGUUGAUAAUGUAAUUUAUACUAUUUUCCUUCAGUGCAGGAGAUGUUUUUAAGUAAACUUUAGCACCUAGUCUUUUUGAUAUGAUCUUAGCUAUUAUGUUUUUUUAAUUUGAACACUUUCAGAGAUCCUAUUUCAAGAUGAGAUUUGGAAGAAAAGGAAGUUUUGCCCUUACCAUCUUAUUGAGUUUGAAAAUGGGACUGACCAGGACACCAGGGACAACUGUUUUCCCAUCCUGCCCCAUAUUUUAAUUGUGUGUCCACUAAAGAUUCAAAAUGGGGUGAGGUCCUUUUUCUACUGUUAAAUAUGAUUUUGUAGAAAGUGAGACUCAUUAGCUUUGAGAAAAUUUGAACACUGCUUGAAGCUAGCCUCCUAUUGUAUAUUAGUUCAAAACACCUAAUACCUUUGGCAACAAAUUGGCUAGACUUAAGUUUUAAAGGUCCCACUUUAAAGAUAGCUAAGAUUGCUAAUUAUGUCAUUGACUUCGAAGUCAGUGGUAAAAUCUUUAAAACUUGCAUAUGAUAUUGGGAGAUAAACUAGUGAUGUUUCACAGGAGACUUUAGAAUCUCUAAAACAUUGUUUUCAUUACUUCCAUAAAUGAUAACUUUUAAAGUACAACUUUAAAGUUUUUUAUUUUUCUAUUUAAAUAAAAAGCUUACUGGUGUUUUACCAUGUCCUCAAAAUAGGUUUCUGUAUUUCUUAAAAUCUUACAAUAUCCUCAGAUCCCUUUUAAGGCAACUGAAAUCCAUGUAUCCCUGAAGUUCACCCAUGCAAAAAAUUUGACCUAAAAGUGAACAAAUGGCAACUCUUUAAAAAAAAAGUGCUAAAUGAAGUGACUAAUCCUUGUCUACUUCUAAUCCCAUCAAAUGGAUUUUAGCUAAGAGAAAGAUCUGAAAACGAGAUGGGAAGAUUUUAUUCUCAGUGACUAUUUUUAACCUGUAAUUAUGUUUUUACAUGUUCAGGUUGAUAAAUGCUGAAAUAUCAAAUUGAACAAAUAAUUAAGCAGAGCAUUUUAUUCUCAGAGUAAUUUAUAAUUUUCAGAAGACUGAGACUGUUAAAAUGUGGGUAUAUCUUUACUCGGUGUCACUAACAUUAAUUACUGGAUUAUAUUUACUAAUACACUUGAUACCAUAGUCGCAAUCAGAACCUCGGGUAUUUCAAGUUCUUAUUUUCUCAGUCCCUAACUUUUACGCUAGAAAAAUUGAAUGUCCAUGAGAUUAGAUAAUUUAGCCAAUAAAUAAUGGAUAUUUUACGGUUUUCUUGAGUGAAUUUAAAUAAUGUAAUGCCUUCAAAAUAAGAAGUGACCCUAUCACACUUUAUUUCAACUUUGAAGGUUUUUGUUUCCCAGUAAAUUUGGUAGUGAUUAAUUACAGCUAUUUUGUCUUGACUUUUUAAUUACAUCUGACUUUAUACAACUAGAAGAUGAAAAGGGAUUAUCAUAAAACAAGGCAAUCAGUUCAUAGUGGUAGGAUGAAGAAACUAAAAUUGAAAUACCUUCUGUGCAUAUUCCUAGGAAGUACAAUUUAAAACUAUAUAAUCUGUAGUUUUCAUUCAUCUAUAUAAACUUCAAUUAAGCAUUUGUGUAAAUGCUCCUGGUUUUAGUCCAGUACUAAUAGUUAAGUGCUAGGUAGGCACCUACAUUUAUUUGCUUUUGCAUCCUGAAAAGAACAUCUCUUUAUUUUAAAAACAAAAAAAUUUUUAAGCUAGGC